AUGACAAUCCAGCAGAGCCUCAGCUUUGCCGGAGAGUACAUUCAAAAAUUUCUGGUGGAGGCGAACAAGAACGAGGUAGUAGAAGACACUCGACCUGGUAGGAUAGGUCCAAAGCUAGUACGUUUUGACGUAUCAACGCACCACGGUCUCAUAAUAGUGUCUCCAGACCGACUGAGUGUAAAUUCUCAGAGUAACUUCAGCACCCUGCGGGCAAACACCGGUUUUUUCGAGGGAAAAUGGAUGUACGAGCUACAACUGGGCUCAAAGGGAGUAAUGCAGGUAGGCUGGGGCACGGCGCAGUGCAAGUUCAGCCAAGAAAGCGGAGUAGGUGACACCGUGAACUCGUAUUCCUAUGACGGGAACCGCGUGAGGAAAUGGAACGUCUCAACCUACAACUACGGCGAGCCGUGGUUGUCUGGUGAUAUAAUUGGCUGUGCAUUGGACAUGGACGAAGGAACAAUAGACUUUCAUCGCAAUGGCAGACACCUGGGACGUGCAUUUGAAAAUAUUCCGAUGGGUACGGGUAUAGCAUACUUUCCUACUGUAAGCCUAGCAUUCACUGAAAAUUUAACCGCUAAUUUCGGAUCAACGCCACUGAGGUACCCCGUGGACGGGUACCAGUGUCUGCAAUUAAUUCCGCAUGACCAAGUAACAAAAGCGAGCAUGCUUAUUAAGUGGCUGGGGAAUUUAUUGACAAUGAUUGAAGAGGACACCGAUAAUAACAGCUGUUCCGGAUUCGCUGAAAAAACAAUGAGCAAACGAACGUACCUGAUGUGCAUCGCUAGAUUGCUUAUGCAUGAUCUAGGUCCUCUGCUUACAAUACCCUACAUAAUAGAGGCUGUCUUCCUGCCAUUCUUUCAUCAACAACUAACUCCCAAUAAUCACUCAACUAAAAUUAGUCAAAAUAAUGUUAUCAAUAACUCAAAAGUCAAUAUAUUAUUAGAUAUACUCUGGACAUUUUUAGAAGAACAUGAGAUAAAACUGUGCCUCGAGAACAGUGUUAUUUAUUUGCUCUCAAUAUUUCGCCACGUGUCAAUGCUUCUAGAGUACCCUGAUCAGUGUAAAAGCUUGCUGAUACUUACAAGCCUGUGUCGGCACUCUAAAACCCGUCAAUAUUUGCUGCAAAACAUCUUGUUUGACAGAGUAAGGUUCGCCAACUUUGUUCACGUAAAGCCGCUAGACGAGGGCGGCCUGGCCGAAAUAAUCCCCAAGACCUGGUGGGAAACAAAUCCUGUUGACACCUCCGUCGAAGUUAAUCGCGACAGCUACAUGCAGUCUUGUGAGACCAUCAAAGCUGCUAUUGCUGAAAUAGAAGCACUCCAGGUUGAGUUGCUGAUAACUUUCUUAGACAACACCGACGGGACACCCAAGACACCCUCCUCCCGUACGAUAUUUCUCAAGAAAUUCCGUAGGUUUGUUCAGGAUAAUUUAAUAUCAAGCCGUACGCCUUUGCAAAUAACUGUCUGCUGUUUCCACCGAUUGCUGGUGGCCUUUCGCAUUCUCUGGGACUCAGAAGUCGGUACCAGCCCGAUUUACAUUCCUUGCAAGCUGUUCUACGACGGGUCGAUUAAUUACACGGGAAUUGACAGGCUCGGUGGAGUGCUAUCCUACCUCAAUAAAACGUACAAGAAUGAACUUAUCCAUCAUCUUGGACCCGACCAUGAAGUUAUCACGGCAAUGGAACAAGCUGCUCAGGAUCCGACUGCUACCAGUACAUUUAUGGCUGGUCCAGGUCAUAUUAAUGAGUUGCCAGUGGUGAUUCCUACCUCAACGAGAAUGGUCAAUGUUGGCAAUCCAGGCACGCCGUUGACGCCGCUGAUUUUAGGGUACCCUACGAGUGGGUUUACUCGAGAAGCAAGAACCACUCCGAUGAAAGUUGGCUCAGCAGACUCCGUAGUGUCUCUCCUCGAAUUAUUGGAAGGAAUAAUAUUGUUCUACCACGCCGCUGCUAAGAAACAAGUCGCCAAGGUUGCUAACUUGAGAGACAGUAUGACAGAAUAUAUAACAGCGAUGUCGGAGAUGAAAGGCAGGAUUGACAGUACUAAAAAACAGAAGGAUCCAAAUUCACAGUCAAUACACAAGGAAUUAAUACGUACUGUUAAUGUUUUUAGUACAAAGUUAUUUGAACAAGCUAGACACAUGGCUUGGGUUCGCGCCGCAGUUUACUCGGAGGAAAAGCAAGCGCAGUUGGCUUGGUUGCUCAAAGUUGUUUUGCUGACGUUAGGUAAGGCUAAUGAAGAGGGAAAUAUGUUUAGGUUCGUGCCUGAUUUUUAUUUGGAAGCUCUGGCAGACUUGAGCGUUGGUUUGAAGAAUCAUUUGCAUCCUACGGUACCAAUUGAAAAAAUUCCAGGUUAUCAGGAUGUCCUAAAAGAUAUUGCCCAGUUUCUUUGUGAUCAUUUCUUGGACCCACGAAUUGUUCACGCGAUUGCUAAAGAUACUUUGAUUUUAACGCUAGCUGGGUUCACGUCCAACUCACUGACUCUUCAAGCCUUGGAACAAAUUCCCCGGGAGUCGAGAGUUAAAUUUGUGAGUAAUAUUCUGCGACCUUAUGAAAAUCGAGCUUGGGCUCAGUCAAAUUGGGUGCUCGUGAGAUUCUGGCAAGGAAAUGGGUUUGCAUUUAGGUAUGAAAAGAGUCCGCAUUUAUCAAAAAAAGUCGGCCCUAAAAUGCUGCAACAGGAGUCGAUUUCACAGCCAAUAAAACCAUGUCCGUCGCUGGUUUAUCAAACGCAUGUCAAAGAACUACUUUUAGAAAAUUCAAAAACAACGACGCAGUUUUUGAACUCGCUGCUCAAUCAAAUGAACUGGGCAUUCUCGGAGUUUAUCGGAAUGGUCCAAGAAAUUCACAACGUAUCUUCCAGGCCUGAGCGAGUGUUCAUAGAAUCAAGGCAGCUUAAAAUAUGCGCAACGUGCUUUGAUUUGACGAUAUCCCUGUUGAGAGUUGUCGAGAUGAUUGCAACUGUGGCGCCGAGUAUCUUUAACAAUCCUCAGCAGUCAUCUGGAGACAAUUUGCUGGCGCGACUCUGUCAAUUGCUCUGUCAGAUUCUUAACAGAAUAAGCUCUCAGACGAGCUGUUUCCAGCAUGUCGUGCUGUUGAACAUCCCGGACUUGGACACUGUUGAUCACUUUCCAAUUCUGGUCGCUGUGGUGGGCAUUCUCUUGGCUCUGCUUCAAGAUGACAUGGCCAGCGGCCAAUCAAGCAAAACUGGCGAGCAAGUUCCCCGAAUCACACGGACUCUCUUGACAGAGCCGAGCUUUCAAAUGAACUCUCUGUACUUUGUCGUCGGAGAAGGAGCUACGAAAAAUAGUAAGCUAAAAAAUGUUAAAGUAUUUACACUGGAAAAUUACAAGAAUGACGUGAGCGAGCGGGAGAUAAAACGUCUGAGAGAUAUGAUUAAGUACUUGGAUAAAAAGCGUACUCUUCUACCCGACAAUCGCAUAAUCAGCGACGACGACGAUACUUGUACUAUAUGCUACGCUUAUCCUAUAGGUGCAAUUUUCAAGCCUUGCAACCACAAAUCAUGUCGCGCAUGCAUCGACCGGUAUUUGUUGAACAGCCGUGAAUGCUUCUUCUGUAAAACAGUUAUUAUGCAAGUGUAUGAUAUUGAUGAUGCACUUUUGCACGAUCUAACCGCCUCUAGUCUUAAUCCCUCUAGUUCCUCAAGUAUAUCGUGA